AUGGAGAAUUUGACUUCCAGUGUUUCCAGCUUAGCUCUGGGUGACUCUGAAUCCUCAAAAAUUCCUUUAUCAACCUCUAAAAAAUACAAACGACCAAAUCGCGCAUACCACACAUUCGAAUCAAGCGGUUCUGGCGGAGCCACUUCACUUCCUCAAUUAGAGUCCCCAGCUGGGAUUCACCCCACUAAGCUUGGAGGAUCUCAGCCCCAAUUGUUUGGAGCCUCGAAUGAAAAUUUUGUAUCUCAAGAGGCGGCAUUAUCUAUGCAAGACCAACAAAGAAUAACCUCGCACUACGUCUCAACACAACGAUUGGAAGACCAACAGCAAUAUUUGAAAAGAUCUUUUUUAACCUCACAGGACUCAGUUCCUCCUUUAGCCACUACUCAAUUUUAUUGUGUUGAUCAGGGCUCAAGCGAUCCUCGUCAAAUGUGUUUGACAAUGUAUAAUAUUCCCAAGAAUGAGCAACUUAGAUCGGCGACUAAGUUACCCAUGGGCGCCGUGCUACAACCUUUUACUGAUUCUACCCCAAAUGCUAUCGUGGACCUCAUUGAUACCUCUACGACAAAUGGCCCGUUGCGUUGCAGGCGCUGCAAAGCAUACGUAAAUCCUGCCUUCUCAUUCACUUUUGAUUCGAACGCAGUUUGCAAUUUCUGUCAGAUAAGCACUCCACUAGAUGAAAAUCACUAUGCUCCUUUGAAUCCUAAUGGGCUUAGAUCCGAUUUCGAUCAACGACCUGAUCUCUUGAAGGGGACCGUCGAAUUUCGGGUGCCUGAGAAGUACAAUCCUGUCAAAGGUAUACCAAAUGUUCCCUUGCAUUAUGUGUUUUUAAUUGAUAUCUCGACAUUGGCAAAUGAAAACAAAAGUUCCUUGGCCACAAUUGAAGGUGUAAGAACUUGUAUUGAGUACAUCUGCACAAAUCAACCUAACUGUAAGAUUGCUAUUAUUGCGUAUGACAAGCAUAUCCGUUUCUUUAAUUUGAGGCCAGAACUGAUGCAGGCCCAGGAAUAUAUCGUAAGCGAACUUCAUGACGUUUUCUUACCAAUUUACAACGGGCUAUUCGUAACGCCUGCGGAUUCGAUGCAUGUUAUUCAAGACACUUUGUGCAAACUGACAGCUUAUAUUGAGGAUGGAAAGUUCUCCCACUGUUUUGAGGCGUGUUACGGUUCUGCUUUGGAUGCCGCAAGAAUUGCGUUGGAUACCGUGACUGCAGGACAGGGUGGUAAAAUUAUUGCUACCCUUAGUACUAAGCCUACUAUCGGUGUAGGUAAUUUAAGUGUCAAGACAGACAAUGCGCUAAAGAAAACAUUAAAUUGUGAUAACGAUUUUUACAAAAAAAUUGGAAAAGAGCUAUUAAACUCUUCAGUCUCUGUUGAUUUGUUUUGUACAAGCUCUGCAUUUGUGGAUAUGACAUCUGUUGGCCACCCAACAUUAGUGUCUUCGGGCUAUUUAAAGUAUUAUCCAAAUUUUCACAUUGAUAAAGACGAGUUCACAUUAGUAAACGAUAUGCUACACAGCGUGUCCAACUGCAUAGGAUACAACGCUCAGUUGAAAGUACGCUGUUCAGCUGGCCUGUCGAUUUACAACUAUUAUUCGGCAUCUAAUGGGUAUUCGGAUCGGGAGCCAAGAAUUCCCGUACUUCACAAAGAUUUUACAAUGAACGUCCUGUUCAAGUAUACGGAACAACUACCUGUCUCUAAAAAUAUUCAUUUUCAGGCAGCUCUUCUAUAUACUGAUAUUGAUGGUGUGAGAAAGGUGCGUACGCUCAAUGUCUCUGGUGCAGCCAAUGAUAGUAUUCACGAAGUUUUCAAAUUUGUAAAUCAAGACGCAGUUGUCAGCAUUAUAAUUCAAGAUGUCAUCUCAACUUUGGGCAAUUGCAAUUUCGUGAAUAUACGCAAGCUGAUUGACGAUAAGUUGAGCGAUAUCCUGACACAAUACCGAGCUCUAGUCUCAGGCUCUUCUUCUUCUCAGUUGGUGCUCCCUGAUUCCCUAAAGACGUUACCUGCAUAUUUGUUAGCUUUUGAAAAGACUGAAAUGAUGAAAAACAACAACAAGUCCACACAAGGCAAUUCUCGUGUCAGCGAUUUUUUUCUCUAUCACAACUUCAACAUUACCCAAAUUAUGUUCAAACUCUACCCUCAAAUUUUGCCCCUCCAUGAGCUGCUCGGUGAAACUGAUUUCAUGUUUUAUGACGAAAACGAUGAGCUAUUGCAAACUGACUCUGUUUCAAAUCUCUCGGUUCGCGCCACUCGUAGCGCUCUCAUCGACGGUGGUUGUUACUUGAUCUUUGAUGGCCAAACAGUAUAUUUGUGGUUCAAUGAAAAUACGAAUCAAUUUCUGCUGCGUGACCUCUUAGGAGUGGAACCAGACACUACUAAAUUCGAUGCUAUCACGUUAUUUGGAGGCUCACUCCCGGAGGCCGAUACAGAGAUUAACAUGAAAGCGCGCAAUUUAAUCAAGAACUGGCGCCAACUCGUGGGUCGUUCGUACGUUCCCGUUAUUCCACUAAGACCUCAUGUUGACUCAUAUUACGCCCAUGUCAUGGGAGCUGUUCUGUGUGAGGACAAGAGUAUUGAGAUGAUCGAGAGCUAUGAGAACUACCUUGUUUCAAUACAUCGGACCAUCAAAGAGAAACUGAAGAACGAAGACUUCGUUAAGUUGAACAAUUCUAAGGAUCACGAACACUUCUCCCAGAAAUUUAUACAGUUUUAG